AUGAGCGAAGCUCAAGUGAAGCUCACCCAUGAAGCGAAUGAAAUCCAUCAGAGUAUAAUUACUCAGCUCAAAAAUAUCGAAAAAGACCCAUUGAGGUCUGCCAAUUUGCUCCGAGGCUUCAUUACAGCAUUCGAACCUCAACCUCUGCUUUUGGAUCCGCAUCUUGCGAGUUAUGUUCAUCUGCUAUGUGCCACAUUUGAACGAGCGCAUACACUCUUGUCAUCUACAAAUGAAGUCAUCGAAGCUACUGGUGCCAUAUUGGUGUCGUUCGCAAAUGUGCGGGGAUAUCAGGCAAUGAUCCCUUACUUUAAUGCUGAUGUGUAUAAGUUGGAAGAACUUGUGGGUUACGUGAUAAGCAUGCCGUCCCCCAACAACCUUGUGCUUCCUCUUAUGUGGAUAUGCAACUUGGUAAUGGUGCCAUUCAGCUUGUCCACUUCAAAAGAGAACACUUUGAUCAAACUCUAUCAUGCCUCAAUUACAAUUAUUAACAACGCCCCACCGGGGCUGGCUAUUCAAAAGAUCAUACUGAUAAUGAUGGCUCGACUUCUUAGGCGGUCCGAUGCAAUGGCAAGUUUACUCCCUAUAUACCUUUCGUAUCUAGUGGAAGAAUGGCAGUCGUUCCGACCGAAUACAGUCGUUGGCCAUUACAUGGUUAUGAAUCAAGUGUUAAAGGAGUUUGUUUCGGCAGAUUUAUGUUUAAUUGUCUCCAGCAUUAUUAAGCUAGACCUUGAAAAAGCACAUUCAAACUUAUUCCAACUUUACCGGACAAGAAUCCUCGCACAAUUGGCCGUGAUUUAUACUCGACAACAAAACUUCGAGGCAGUAUCUGAAAUUACUAAUGACUUAACACAUAUCCUUCAUGAAGUGGAUUCUUUUGAUGAAAACUCACGGUAUGCGUGGGCGAAAGGGCUUGCUUCGUACACACAAGAACUUGGCAAGGUAGCCAUAAACUACCAAAAUCAGUUGAUUCAGCAUAUUUACUCUCAAAUUCCCUCGGGUUCAUUGCAGGAUACUAUCCCAGUGCAAAAAUUACAUGCAUCAUUAUUGUACUUUGGGUUUUUAACACUUGCAAAUCUGCUACCAAGUACAUGGACCGAAAGAGUAAUUGAAGUUGCUCGUAAAUACUUGUAUUUCGAACGAUGGUUCUUUCGUUCCAACGUUGGAACAGUAGUACGGGAUGCACUGAAUUUUAUUUUAUGGUCCAUCUCCAGAUCCGCAAAGCAAUCAAAAAUACUGAGCAAACUGUUGAAGAACGCUUUCAAGGAUUUACUUCAGGUGGCCGUGACAGACUCUGAUUUGAUGGUUCGUCGGGGUGCCGUUGCAGUGAUACAGGAGAUGUUGGGACGAGCUGGGCCACGCAUAUUUGAUCAUGUUUCCUCAAGCAAAUCGGGCGAGAUUGUCAUUGAGAUUAUCGAAGAGCUCAAUACCCUGGCAGUCCUGACGUUAACUAGUCUGUAUCUGUUGAUUCCACUCCUCGAGUCUAAAGGCUAUUCAUUUCAGGAUGUGUUAAUUGAAAAAAUGCAGCCGGAAGUUGAUUGGCAUCAGCAACGCAUAGCUACAGGUUACGUCAUUUGGGAUGAUCUGGUGUUGAAGCGUAUUCGUUUUGAUCACGAUAACCUUUACUGUUUGUGUCAAGGACUUCUAGUAAUGGGAAAGUCUGAACCUAAUGAGUCAAUAGAUAUAUUUGGGGAGCUGUUCAAAUUUGAUGGAGAAUCGAUCUCGCAAGCAGCAGGAUAUGUGAGUUGGUGUACGCUUAGAGGAACAUAUGACCGUGAGGUAAUUACGUCGAUAGUGACCUCAGUAAUUGCACGUGAGAUCAGGACGCUAAUGAAGGAUAUGUGUUGCAGAAUGCCUAAACAUUUGUUAGUUGACCUUGUCCCUUUGAUACCUCUCCUGCCUGCUUUUGCUGAAGCUUUCUUUGCAGCUGAAUUACCUGAAACAAUUAUCGAAAACGUGAUGGAAAUGCCAUUCGAUACUAAGGUAAAUAUAGAUGUGCGAGUGGCGAUAUGUUCGGUUUCACCCUGGAAACCUAAUUUCAUCAAUUUGCUUGAUGAUUACACUACGACUCUUCAAGGAGAAGUUGGCCAAAAGCUACGCGUGGCGAUCUUAACGAGACUCGAGAACGACAAUAUUCCUAUUUCGGAUUCAAUCCGAGGUCGCUUGCUUCGGUUGGCUGGUGAACCGAUAGACAGUGUAGCAAAAUGUGCAAAACGUUUACUCCAAACAAAUGAUAUAUGGGAGGUAUAUCCCAAAAUGGAUGCCGGAAGUAAGCCUGAGUUUUGGAGAGGCAUGGUUAUGAGUAUAGGAGGACAGUCGGUGGCAUCCGAGACUGUGAAUGAUAACCUUAAGAGAUUCUUUGACUUGUACAUGUCUGAAUUUCAAUUGGAUAUUCUUCAUUAUCUAAUGAAACUCGAAACAUUCUGCUUUGAGCCUCCCAACCGAGUUGUUUCUGCGCUCACGACUUGGAGACGAUUGUUAGAGGCACAAUUACCCAUCCCCGAGACCUUUGAUUGGCGAAAUCUUUUGAAGCAAGUCUACAACUUACAUAUAAAUACUCGCGAGUGGAUGAGAGUGGAAGCUGCUAUUCGCCUCUUUGGCAGAUUAUACUUCGUGAAGGAUGAGGGCAUAAGGUCCACAGUGGUGGAAAGGCUAGUUUUCCUACUUCAUCAUCGACAGCCUCGCAUUCGUGCUUGUGCUAAUGACACGAUUGCAGAUAUACUAACUAUCAUCGGAGGCGCGGUCUCGAUCCUAGAUGAAAUCGAUCAAUCAACUCCUCUGGCAAAACAAGCUGAAGACAUACGGCACGCUUUGGAUUUAUGCAAUUCAUAA